AUGGUACACGGCAGCGUAAGGGAGCGCGAAGCGUUCCAGCAACCACCGCAGUCGGCCUACUAUCAGCAAACGCAGCCGCGUGCGUAUCCCGUGUCGGCCAGCGUUGCGCCUUCACUCUACACCGCACAACCACAGCACCCACAACAGGUCGAGUACCAGUACCAGCGACAGCGCCCGCAGUCACCCCCGUCGCCGCCUGCGGAAGAGCAAAAGCCGUCCCUGCCGUCAAUUUCGAGUCUGCUUGAGUUUGCUGGCGGCGAGAAGCCUGCCUCGGACGCUGCCGCCGCGAGCCCACAGUCACAACACAGACAAUCAUCCUCGCCACAACUGGGACAAUCACAACAAAGCAUUGGCACAAUGCAAAGACCACAGCAACCUUCCACCUACGUCGCAGCGCCAACAGUGACCAACAACACCCGCAUGACACUACCUCCCACCCCACCAAUGCACCCCGACGCCGCCGGCGACGGCCAACGGUCUCCCUCGUCCGCAUCGACUCACUCUGCCGCUUCGGCAGCCUACUUCAUGGGUGCAUCGCUCAACAACAUGGAGCCCCACCAGCAGCGUCAAGUUUUGUCAUCAAUGCCAACAAUGAAGCGGGACUCUAUUCCCUCGCAUUCCAUGUCCCCGUACAGCGGCUCAAUGUACGCCCAGUCGCCUUACCAGUCAUCUCCAGGUAACGCAUCAGCGAGCUCGUUCUACUCGCCUGAGCAGCACUCAUACAACAACGCCAGCAUGUAUGCUCAGCGACCCCUGCCUUCAAACUACCAGCCCACGAUGCCGCUGCCGAUGCCCCAGCCCAACAGUGCGACCGCCAACGCAAAUCCCUGGCAGCACCACCACUACAUCAGCACAUCCAGCCAGUCAGCUUUCCCCCAAUCCCAGGACCGCUACAUCUGCUCCACCUGCAACAAGGCCUUCUCGCGGCCGAGCAGUCUGCGCAUCCACAGCCACAGCCACACUGGCGAGAAGCCGUACAAGUGCCCGCAGUCAGGCUGUGGCAAGGCCUUCAGCGUACGAAGUAACAUGAAGCGCCACGAGCGGGGGUGUCACGCUUCCACCAGCACAACCAUCACGACAUAA